AAAAAAAAAAAGAAUUGAGGAAGUAUGACUUCCGGGUGGGGAGGUUUUGCGCAUGCGUAGUUGUUGGUAAUUCAGCUGUUCCUUGAUAAACUAACAUUCCUGCGUACCUGGCCACAUGGAGUCAGACGUUGGAGAAGAUGAUGCCAGUUCCAAGGGAUGGGAAGCAGGGAGAUUUAUUGCUGAAACAGCUGGAUUAUCUGGGAGUGUGGAAGAUGAACUCAACAAAUCCCAGACACGUAUAGGCUACGUUGAUGUGGAUAAGGACUUGGAUUUCAAGCAGGAAUUGAUUGAUGACAAGGAAUUUGACAUUCCCCAAGUUGACACCCCUCCAACUUUAGAGAGCAUCUUGAAUGAGACAGAUGAUGAGGAUGAAACUUUUAUACCUGAGGAUCCUGCUCUUCUAAACAUAGAGACAAUUGACACCCACUCAUGUGACACUUCAUCAUUGGCCAGCUCUGAUAGUGGUGAUCGGGCCCACAAAAGGAAGAAGAGGCUACCUGAUGCUUUUUCCCGCCAUGGAUCAGUAAUGCGCCAUACUUUGCUCAAAGGGAUCUCAGCCCAGAUAGUGUCUGCUACAGAUAAGGUGGAUGCUGGUUUGCCUACAGCAAUUGCUGUGUCCAAUCUCAUUGCAGUAGGCACUUCUCAUGGCUUGGCUUUAAUAUUUGACACAAACCAGGCUUUGCGGCUCUGUCUUGGCAGCACAGCUGUGGGUGCGCAGUAUGGAGCUGUUUCAGCAUUGAGUAUCAAUAAUGACUGUUCCAGACUUCUCUGUGGUUUUGCCAAAGGACAGAUUACAAUGUGGGAUUUGGCCGGUGGAAAACUGCUGCGAUCUAUAACAGAUGCUCAUCCUCCUGGAACUGCCAUCUUGCAUAUAAAGUUUACAGAUGAUCCAACUCUUGCUGUUUGCAAUGAUAGUGGAGGAUCUGUUUUUGAGCUGACAUUUAAGCGAGUCAUGGGAGUGAGAACCUGUGAAUCCCGUUGUCUGUUCAGUGGUUCCAAGGGAGAGGUCUGCUGCAUUGAGCCCCUUCACACAAAGCCUGAGCUACGGGAUCAUCCAGUCACUCAGUACUCGCUACUGGCUAUGGCAUCUUUGACUAAGAUAUUGGUGAUUGGUCUGAAACCUUCCUUAAAAGUAUGGAUGACCUUUCCCUAUGGACGGAUGGAUCCCUCCAGUGUACCACUUCUAGCCUGGCACUUUGUGAUCCUGCAGGGGGCCCUAAACCCCAUGCUGGCCUUCUGCAGAGGAGAUGUAGUUCAUUUCCUUUUGGUGAAGAGGGAUGAAUCCGGAGCAAUUCAUAUAAACAAACAAAAGCAGCUUCAUUUGCACUAUGAUCUUAUCAACUUCACAUGGAUUAAUGCCCGUACACUGGCCCUCCUGGACAGCGCAGAAAAGCUCCAUGUGAUUGAUAGACAGAGUCAAGAGGAACUGGAGACACUGGAGAUUUCUGAUUUCCAGCUUGUUUACAACAGCAGCCACUUCAAGUCUUUGGCUACAGGGGGAAAUGUGAGCCAGGCUCUGGCAUUAGUAGGAGAGAAAGCUUGCUACCAGUCGAUCAGCAAUUAUGGUGGACAGAUAUUCUACUUGGGAACAAAGUCGGUGCACGCUAUGAUGCUGAGGAACUGGCGAGAGAGAGUCGAUCAUCUGCUGAAGCAGGACUGUUACAACGAAGCCUUAGCUUUAUCUUGGUCAUUCCAUGAAGGGAAAGCAAAAGCAGUUGUUGGUCUGUCUGGAGACCCAAAAAAAAGAAAGAGUGUGGUGGCUGAUAAGAUAGUUGAAAUAUUGCUUCAGUACACUGACAAAGCACUGAGGAAGUGCCCAGAACAGGGAAAAAUCCAGAUUAUGGAGCAACACUUCCAGGACACUGUGCCGGUCAUGGUAGAAUAUUGCCUGCUUCUACAGCGCACUGAUAUCCUGUUCAGUCAAAUGUAUGACAAAUUAAGUGAGAACUGUGUUGCCAAAGGAGUCUUCUUGGAGUGUUUAGAGCCAUAUCUUCUGCGGGAUCAGCUUCCUGGUCUUACCACCCAAGUAAUGAAGGACCUUCUCCUUCACUUUCAGGAUCGAGGCCUAAUGGAGAAUGUAGAGGCUUGUAUAAUACAUAUGGACGUCACAAGCCUUGACAUUCAGCAGAUUGUUCAAAUGUGUUGGGAGCAUCGGCUCUAUGAUGCAAUGAUCUAUGUGUACAACAGUGGGACAAAUGAUUUCAUUAGCCCUAUGGAGAAAUUAUUCAAAUCUAUUUCUGCACCUGUCAGCUCUGGGAAGUCCUUGACAGAUGAACAAGUUGUGAUGGGAAAUAAGCUCCUUGUAUAUAUUAGUUCUAGUUUGGCUGGAAGAGCAUACCCUUUGGGAGACAUUCCUGAAGACCUUGUUCCACAGGUGAAGAACCAGGUUUUUGAAUUUCUGAUCCGUUUACACUCACCAGAGGCCCCACAAGAUGAGGAAGUAUAUCCCUACAUUCACACUUUGUUGCAUUUUGACACCCGAGAAUUCCUUAAUGUUUUGGCUUUGACAUUUGAAGAUUUUACUAAUGAUAAACAAGCUGUGGAACACCAACAGCGGAUUGUGGACAUCUUACUGACGGUUAUGGUUGAAAACUCAGAUUUCACACCUUCUCAAGUGGGCUGCCUGUUCACAUUUUUGGCUCGCCAACUUGCCAAACCAGACAAUACUUUGUUUGUUAACAGAGUCCUUUUUGAUCAGGUUCUGGAGUUCUUAUGCAGUCCUGAUGAUGAUUCCAGACAUUCAGAAAGACAACAGGUUCUUCUAGAGCUGCUUCAGGCUGGAGGAAUUGUACAGUUUGAAGAGAACAGACUGGUUCACCUGGCAGAGAGAGCCCAGUUUUACCAGAUCUGUGAGUUUAUGUAUGAAAGAAAGCACCAAUACGAUAAAAUCAUAGAAUGUUAUUUGCAAGAUCCCAUGAGAAAGCAAGAAGUUUUUAAUUAUAUUCAUAACAUCUUGUCAAUCCCUGGAUACAGUCCGGAGGAGAAGCAGUCAACGUGGGACAAAGCAAUGAGACAUAUGGAGGAACUGGUGACUCUGAGUCCAAGUAAAGCAGCUGAUUUGGUCUGCACCCACUUCAAUGAACAGCUGGACGAGAUCAUUGGAAAGCUUCAGGAUUCAUUUUUGCUUUUCCAGUUUCUUAAAAGCCUUUUAGAUCCAAGGGAUGGAGCUCAUCUAAGCCCUGAGCUGUUACAGAACCAUCCACAUAUCACAGAACUCUUCAUAGAUCAUAUGUGUCAGUAUGACCCCAGUAAUGUGACUCAAGUACUACAAAUACUGGAACACUAUCGAUUGGAGGAGACUAUUGAGAUUGCCCAGAAGCACAAAAACCAUGAGACCUUAGCCUAUCUCUUGGAGAAGAAAGGGGAUAUCCAGGCAGCUUUCCAAGUCAUGCUUGUGAGACUACAAGAUAGACUUUCAGCGUUGACUGAGGACUCAGUGGAUGGAGCAGAUACCAAGAAAAUGACUGUCGUAAAAGAUGUCGAGGAAACGCUAUCAGAAACUAUUUCUUUGUGUAAAAGAACAUCGCAUACACUUAACCAACAGCAAAGAGAGGCACUGUGGUUCCCACUGCUUGAGGCAAUGAUGUCACCUCAAAAGCUUUUAAGUUCGUCUCCAUCCUCACUUUAUUCUGAGUCGUUAAAGAGUCUGACGAUGGAAGUUCUUACUAGCAUGGCUGCAUAUAUCGCACUUCCAGCCAUCCUCCAGAGGAUCCUGCAGGAUCCAGUGUAUGGGAGAGGAAAGCUAGGUGAAAUACAAGGCUUGGUUUUAGGAAUGCUGGAUACAUUUAGCUAUGAACAGACGCUAUUGGAAACCACCACAAGCUUGCUAAACCAAGAUCUGCACUGGUCUCUGCGCAACCUUAAGGCUUCUAUUACCAAGGCACUUGUACCAAAGCAGGAUUACUGUUGUGUCUGUCUGCAACAAUACAAGAAGAGACAAGAGUUAUCUGAUGAUAUUAUUAUUUUCAGCUGUGGACAUUUGUACCAUUCUCUAUGCCUUUUGGAAAAGGACUGCAAAGUGGAAGCAGGUGGUCACAUUCAGUGGAUUUGUUACAAGUGUAAUUCAAGCAACAUUGGGCGAUCUGGCCGACAGGCAGUGGUGGCAGAUCUAAAAAAGGGAAGGGCGGCAUCUCUAGUACAGAUGAGAACUGCUUCUGCUAAUCCGUCCAGAGAGGAAGCUGCGAGGAAGUCAAGCUCUGAUUCCGUCCUCGACCCACAGCAGCUGCAGGCAUUCAAUGAACUCUGCCGUCUUUAUAAAGGAACCUCACGGCUGGCUCUGCUGACUGAGCUAUGUCGCUCUCAAAGCCCAGAAAAAUCUUCUGCCUAUAACCCUUAUGGAGGGGUUUCCUCAAGCAGCGUUUUUCAGAAUGAGAACUUCCAGUUGCAUCUAGCACCCCCUCCCAUUGUUGAUGAUUAGUUCUGAAACUCUUCUGCUUGUUACACUCCAGGCCAGAGUUUCCCAACCAGGGUGCCUCCAGCUGUGGCCAAACUACAACUCCCAGCAUGCCCGGACAGCCAAAGGCUGUCCGGGAAUGCUGGGAGUUGUAGUUUGGCCACAGCUGGAGGCACCCUGGUUGGGAAACACUGCUCCAGGCAGUGGACGUCCAUGUCACCUCCAGUCAUCUCCAACUGCACAUGACGUUCAGCCAGCACUGAAAACCUGAACUGUGAAGAAGCCGUGUAUCCCAUUUAUUUAUACAUGUAUGUUUGAAGCAAACACUAAUACACAACAUCUUUCUCAUAAAUCAUUUUGCUUCUGUGUUUCUGGAUAUAUCAUAGUACAAUGUAAUCCUACAGUAAUGUUGUACUUACCGGCAUCACCGCUGUGGCCAGUUAUUGGAUAUAACAAUCACAUCUUCGCUGCUGCAAUGUAAACAGAUGCUGGAGCCAUGAGGGAUUUAGCAGGUGAGUUACUGUAACAUUUAUUUAGCAGCCAGAUAUCUAGCAGGUUGGCAACCCUUUUGUUAACCAUUGAUGAGCUGCCCUAGUUACUGGUGCCCAGUAUUAAUGCCCUUUUAGUAGUUUGAUUAUCUGGUCUGUAGUGUUCAAUGGAUUGUUGCCAGAAAUCCCUUGUGGCCUAUACAUUGAUGCUUCCCUAUACUGUUGGUAGUUCCAGCACCAAAGGUAGUAGUAAUACGUCACACUUAUAUUUCACAUCCUAAAACUUGGUUAACCGAACAGACUGUUAAGGAAAUGCUCUUAUUCUCAGCUGCUAGUAAGAACAGUCCCCGCUCUAAGCAUGUCAGCAGUCUUUUUGUUUUAACCAGGAUUUAGGAUGUGAGAAAUAAAAGUGACAAUGUGUACCCGUCAGAUCCAACAAUUUUCUUUUUUUAAUAUAACACUCAGUACCUAAUCCUGAUCAUGUACAUCUAAUUUUUGUAUGUCUAGCACCUUUAUUUAUUUUUUAUUACACUAUUAAUUUAGCUCUCUAGUCUGAAUUCCUCUCAAAGGGAUGGGAGUGGCUUCACUGUGCAGGUCUCCGCCCCCUCCCUCAGUAUCCUUUCUGCUCACAUCUCCCCUAGCAUUAGCAAAACUACAACUCCCAGCUUGUCCUCACUGACAGUAGCGGGACACAAGCUGACAGCGGGAGGAUUUUUCCUCCAGCUGUGAGCCCUGCACUCACAGCUGUCAAUGAAGGAAGUGUGUCCAUGACAUAGGUGAUGACGCAUGGACACAGCAGGACUAAUAUGUGUCCAAGCAGGCAGGGGGGACAGUUGUUUGACUGGCUUUUUAAGUAUGAAAUACUAAAAGUUUUCUAAUAAAAGCAAUUGCAAAACCUCUUAGUUUUGCAUGCUUUACAACAUAUCAAAAGUUUUUGUAUCUGACAGUGUCCAUUUAAAUACUACUUUUGGUGCUGGAAAUACUGACUGUUUCUUGAUUCAAUAUUUAAAUCUACUUCAUGCAAUGCUUCAAGAUUCUACAGCUGGGAUCCUCGAUAUGAGUUCCCUUCAUUGGUUAGCUGAUUCUUCAGAUUUCUUUCUGUGGAUUUUGUUCUAGUAAGUCAAUGAUGAAAUCAGCUGCAAAAAAGGUACAUACAGUAAAUAUGUAAUUUAUUACAUAUAUGCUUGUGGGUAGAAAACACUUAAAGGGGUUAUCCAGGAAAAAAAUGUUUUCUAAAUAUCAACUAGCUCCAGAAAGUUAAACAGAUUUGUAAAUUACUUCUAUUAAAAAAUCUUAAUCCUUUUUGUACAUAUGAGCUGCUGAAGUUGAGUUGUUCUUUUCUGUCUAAGUGCUCUUUGAUGACACCUGUCUCGGGAACUGUCCAGAGUGGAAGCAAAUCCCCAUAGCAAACCUCUUCUACUCUGUGCAGUUCCCGAGACAAGCAGAGAUGUCAGCAUAGAGCACUGCUGCCGGACAGAAAAGAAGAACUCAACUUCAGCAGUUAAUUAUUGGAAGGAUUAAGAUUUUGUAAUAGAAGUAAUUUACAAAUCUGUUUAACUUUCUGGAGCUAGUUGAUAUGGAAUACCCUUUGACAUAUCCUAACCCAUACAAUUGAUUUUUUUCAAUUUUUAAUACUAUAGAAAAUAUUUUACCAUUUGAUUUGGUAAUCAAUUAGAUCAAACCAUAUAUUUUAUUUACCAUAGAUUCACCAUUUUUCUAGUUAAAGUGCUAUAAAUUGACUUAUUUUUCAAAAAUGCUGCAGAAUGUGUUAACUUGCCUACCUAGAGAGAGCAGGCCUGAACAGAUGCUCACAGUGUCCCUGCCUGUCCUCUGGAAUGUACAGGAGAGAGAGUCACAAUAUGAUGUUUUCAUGAAGGGUAAAUUAAUUUUGAAUUAUGCUCGAAUGCGCCAAGAUGCCAUGUGAGUAGACAAUAUUGUGAACUGGAACAUAACCUGUCUAACAGAGGCAAAUGGACAGUUUGCUGGACACUACCCAAUCGAACAAUAAAAUAACCAAAUAACCAGA